UGAACCACGUGACCAAACACGGAAGUAGGGUCUGUCGUUGCAACAACUUUUCAUUCAGAGGAACAUCCUUGCUUGUGGCGCAUUUUCAAACAAUUCACGAACACAGGGAAGUUGCGACAAAUAGUUUCUGAAUAUUUAGUGGAGUACAUUUAACGGUAACUAUGACUCAGGCUGAUAAAGAGCAGGACAACGUGAAGGAGAAAGAAAAGGAACGAGACAAAGAGAAAGAGAAGGAACAGCAGCGCGGGGUGAAAAGACCAAUCGCUCCUGCCACCAUCCCAGAACCCCUUCAGGAGCAAAUACAGAGCAAUUUUGUAGUUGUUAUCCACCCUGGUUCAAGGACACUCCGUAUUGGCCGGGCAACAGACACUCUUCCGGUGACAAUCCCACAUGUGAUAGCGCGCAGACACAAACAAAGUGGACAGUCCAGAUAUGAAGAUGCCUGGCUGUUGAGAGAAGGUCUAAAUAAACCAGAGAGUAACGAGCAGAGGCAGAAUGGGCUUAAAAUGGUUGAUCAGGCCAUCUGGUCUAAGAAGAUGUCAAAUGGAGUGCGGAGGACACCUGUGUCGUCUGAACAGGCCAGAGCUUAUAACUGUCAGAUCCGUCCAGCAGUACUUGACAGCAGCUCCAGAGUAAAGUGGACCAACACAGUCCACCAUCCUCCUUAUCUGGUGGGAGAGGAGGCUCUUUAUGUGAAUCCAUCCGACUGUUACAACAUCCACUGGCCUAUCGUCAGAGGUCAGCUCAAUGUGCACUCUGGUCCUGGAGGCUCACUGACUGCUGUCCUGGCUGAUCUGGAGACACUCUGGGGUCACGUCAUUCAAAAGCAACUGGAUAUCCCCCUGAAAGACUUAAAGUAUUACAGAUGCAUCCUAUUGGUCCCCGACAUCUCCAACAGGCAGCACGUCAAAGAAGUUGUCAACAUGCUGCUGCUUAAUAUGGGCUUCUCAGCAAUCAUCGUGCACCAGGAGUCAGUGUGUGCUACAUUUGGCAGUGGGUUGAGCAGUGCUUGUGUUGUGGAUGUUGGCGACCAGAAGACCAGUCUUUGCUGUGUAGAGGAUGGAGUCUCCCACCGGAACUCCAGGCUGUGUCUGGCAUACGGUGGCUCAGAUGUGACUCGUACUUUCUUCUGGCUCCUGCAGAGGGCGGGCUUCCCCUAUAGAGACUGCAAGUUAUCCAGCAGGCUGGAUUGUCAGCUGCUGCAGCAUUUGAAAGAGACCUUCUGCCAUCUAGACCAAGACAUAUCAGGACUACAAGAUCAUGAAUUCCAAACACGCUUCCCAGAAGCCCCAGCUCUUCUCUACCAGGUUCGGCUAGGGGAUGAGAAAUUAGAGGCACCCAUGGGUCUUUUCUACCCGACCACUUUUGGCAUCGUAGGUCAGAAGAUGACAUCACUUCAGUACCGUUCCCAAGGCGACUCAGAGGAUCCUCAUGAUGAACACUACUUGUUGGCCACACAGAGCAAACAGGACCAGUCCUCCAAAUCAGCUGCAGACCGGAAAGCUAUUUCCAGACCAGGUGGAGGUUUGGAUGGCGAGAUGAGUGGUCAGGGAGGGCUUGGGGAGCUCUCUGACCUGCCCAGAGGGAGUGGAGGUGCUGGUGGUGGAGGGAUGAAGGGGGAGAUGGAGCUUGGGCCUGCGCAUGGGGAGUGCCUUAUGGGAGCAGGAGAGAUUGAGGAGCCCCUCUCUUCUCACCUCUCCAGGAAGACGGCCAUCAUGAGCCAGUUUGAAAGCAAAGCACUCGGCUUGGAUAAGGCCAUCCUGCAUAGCAUCGACUGUUGUGCAUCAGAUGAAACCAAACGCAAGAUGUACAGCUCCAUACUAGUGGUGGGAGGAGGGCUCAUGUUCCACGGUGCUCAGGAGUUUCUGCUUCACCGCAUUAUCAACAAGAUGCCACCAUCAUUCAGAAGGCUGGUAGACAACGUGGAAGUUAUCACAAGGCCGAAGGACAUGGACCCUCGGCUGAUAUCAUGGAAAGGGGGAGCAGUGCUGGCGUGUCUGGACACCACCCAGGAGAUGUGGAUCCACCAGAGAGAGUGGCAGCGCUUUGGUGUACGAAUGCUCCGCGAAAGAGCUGCCUUUGUUUGGUGAAACUGAACAGAUUUCACUGGACUCUAACACUGUCUCUGCAGGAUGCGUCCAGGCACACCAUUGAGGGUCACCUGCAUUUCUGCUGCUCUCAGAGAAGACAAUAGAAUUGAAGCAUAAAAAUACACUUUUGGUGGCAUUUAGGCACAUUAUACAAUAGAAAAAUACAUCUGAAAAGCCUCCCGUGUAGACACAAAAUUAGAGAAGACUCUGUUUCUUUUUCAAGAAAAGACACCCAAUAGAUAUUCUUUCAUUUAUCUUAAAAAAAAAUCUGAAAAACUCACAAUGAUACCACACUUGGUCAAAUUCAUAGAGUAGUGUUAAGAAAAGCAAAGCUCAUGUUUUUCUGGAGGGAAACAUUAAAAUCAGGACACUCAGGAUCUCUGUGCACAUUAGCAAUACAUUGAUGGUAUCACUUUGACAAUUCUAGCACUGCUAACACCAUGUUAAAACUGGUCACCAAACAAUCAGAAUUUUCAUGUGUUGUUUCAGUGUUGUUUUGUGAGGUCAUUGUUGUGCAACUAUUGAACACUCUCUGGGUGAGAGGGAGUUUCCUUGUUAAUAUUCUGUAAAUAAUACUGCCUAUACUUUUUAUGGAAGUUUGGAUUUAUGUGAGUAAAGUCGACACUUAGGUACACAA